GUCUUAUCCAACCACAUCUCAUUUGAUUCAACCAUUAUUCAUCUCCAAGCAGGGGAGGAAGAGUAAUCCAUUCCGCAUUACACAGGAGCUCGGAAAACACUGAAGCUCUGGAAAUGGCUACUGCUACGCCUGCAACUCUGCUCCGUGCGACAUCCUUCUCCUCUGGCAGAAGAUCCUUCAUCUCCUCCUCAUCUGUUAAGCCCUCCUCUUCCAAACUUGUGGUCACAUGCCGUGCACAGAAGCAAACCCCAACCCCUGAAGAGGUUUUGCCCUCCGCCGUCACACGCAGGUUCGCUCUCACUCUUCUGGCGGGAGCAGCGGCCGUCAGUACCAAAGUUUCUCCAGCAGACGCUGCUUAUGGAGAAGCCGCAAAUGUGUUUGGAGCGCCAAAGAAGAACACGGAUUUCGUCACCUACAAUGGAGAGGGAUUCAAGAUAUUGAUCCCGGCAAAAUGGAACCCUAGCAAGGAAGUGGAGUACCCGGGGCAGGUUCUGAGAUACGAGGACAAUUUUGAUGGUAACAGCAAUAUUUCCGUCAUGGUUACGCCCACCGAUAAGAAAAAUAUCAGUGAUUUUGGUUCUCCUCAGGAAUUCCUUUCUCAGGUAGAUUAUUUACUUGGAAAACAAGCUUAUUCUGGAAAGACAGCAUCAGAGGGAGGAUUUGACACCAAUGCGGUAGCAACUGCAUCUUUGUUAGAGUCUGGAAAUCCCGUGAUCAAUGGGAAGCAAUACUACACCUUAUCUGUGUUAACAAGAACUGCUGAUGGGGAUGAAGGAGGGAAACAUCAACUCAUCUCAGCAACUGUAUCUGAUGGGAAGUUGUAUGUAUGCAAGGCUCAAGCUGGUGACAAGAGAUGGUUUAAAGGAGCAAGGAAGUUUGUUGAAAGUGCAACAAGUUCCUUCAAUGUUGCUUAAUCAUUUAUCUUAAAUGAGUGCUUUGGUAAAAUGUAUAUGAUAAAACAUUUGUUUUUGGUACUAUGCCUUUGCCCUUUAAAUAAAUUUUCAAUCUUGUAAGUUUU